AUGCGCCUCUUCGCUGCCCUCCUCGUUGCCACUGCCGCCCUUGCGGCCCCCGAGCGCCCGGCCGUCUUCAAGCGCCAGCUCCACACCGAGGCCCUGCCCCUGCACCUUAUCCCGGCAUCGUGCGACGCUCCGUGCAAGUACUACAAGGAGCUGUUCACUACGUGCUCCGGUAACCCUGGCGCCCCUAUUUGCGCCGGCGCGUGUAAUGGUACCCUCCUAACCGACCUCCAAGUCUGCAUCAACUGCGCCCUCGUCGAUGGCCCCGCCGCCGGCGUGAUCCAGUUCGAGAUCGACCUCCUCAACAAGGCCCAGCAGCAGCUCGCCCAGGAGUGCGUUGAGGAGCAGUUCCCCGCCUCGUUCUCGGGCUCCUUCCCCGCCCCCACAACCGUCGCCUACCCCUCUGGCGUCAUCAACGCGACCUUUGCUCCCUCGGGCCCGUCUGCCUCGGCCCCUUCUCCUGUGCCUACCGGCUCUGCGAACGCCUCCGUCUCAAGCUCGGCCGCUAGCGCCAACGCCUCCACACCAGCCACGGGCGCCCCCACCGCCGGCUCUGGGGCUGGCCUCACCGCCUCCAUCAGCGGCGCGCUCCUCCUCGCUGCCGCUGCUGCUGCCGCCCUCUAA